UGGAUGCGAUCUAUAGCUUUCCGUAGAAAUGUAGGUACUAUCGGUUUAUUCCAAAACUAUUUAGGGUAAUUAUUAAUUAAGAUAGUCUAGUCUCCUAGUCGAACCAUAUAAAUAAAUAGUUAAACAAUGCAAAAUCAUGUGAUGCUAAAAGCAUUUUUGUCAGUCAACCUGCAGAGAGAUUUCUUUGACCUCGAAUAUUGAUUUUUAUGGUGGAUAUCAAGAUAAUAACGGCCACCUGCUUGUUUAGUAUAGGUAUGGCUUGUCAUAUAUUUAAAAAAUUAUGUAUAUUCUCUAUGCUAUACUAACCUCAAAAAACAAAAUUGUUGUUUUUCGAAAAAUCCUUCCAGCAAAGUAAAGAUGAGUAGGAACCUGUCGCCAGCGCAGUCGCAUCUGCUGAUGAGCCUCAUGGAUGAACACCGCGAGCUGGCUCGUGGUGGCCCCGGGAACCAGAGGGAGAGGGCCAGAGCGAGACUGCUGUGGGAGGAUAUUGCCAACCAGCUGAACAGCCUCGAAGGAAGCCGUAAGACUGUGGAGCAGUGGCGGAAGGUUUGGACAGACAAGAAAUACGUGGCCAAGAAGGCGGCAGUAGCCGUGAGGGCGCGGGAGCUGUCGACCGGGGAAGGAGGCCCAGCACCAGCCCUGAAGGUCACAGACCGGGACAUCAUGAUCAUGAACAUGAUGGGAGAGGACUUCGCCCUGCCUGGCCCGAGGGCGCGGGGGCUGGCGGUUCCGCCGCCUGUGGUAUCUUCUACUGCGGACGGCAAGACAGAAAUCGUAACGAUUGAUGACGACGAAGAGCCUGACGAGACGGCACCCACUUCUCCUGACCCUCUUGACCCAAUUGACACACCUGACCCACUUAAUUCCUGUCCCAAGACACCACCGCUUGGAACGCCACACCUAGGAUCACCCUGUAUAGAACCACCAACGGUAAAAUAUCUCCAGAAGUCAUCUAAAAAGCGUCGGGCAUCUGUUGGUACUGAAACAAGCAACACAGAGGUGGAACUUCUAAAACGGCUGGUGAGGAUCGGGGAAAAACGUCUGAAAUUGGAUGAACAGAAGUUGAUGCUAAUGAGGUCGCUAACGCAGUUAGUAAAUGGUAUGACUGCACAACCACAUACAAUAUUUGAAGAGUUCUGAGUAUUUUUAGGCAUGCUACUUGUUUUAAGUUAAAAUCGCCUCUAGUAGAAGCAGAAAUAAGUAGGUAAUAGUUUUUGUUUGUCGUUAAGUCUGAAUUUUAUUUUGUAUUAAGAUUGGGGCUGAGUUAUAUCACGCACGCGUUUAAUCGCAAGUGAAUGUGAGCAGUAUGGGGAAGCCGAGUUUUUACUGCAUUCGAGUAGUGGCGAGUAAACGCGCAUUAGGCGUGGGGAAGUCGCCACCUAGCGGUAUACGUGAUAAAGUGUGUUAUAAAAUAAGGACUUGCCACUGAUAAAAUUCAAGUCCGUAUAAAAUAAGGACAUAGCUGCCUCACUCCGCUUGCCGCAGGCUGGCGCGGGAUCAAUAUGAACGCCGUCGAUGAUUGGCCACAGGUGUCGGUUCCCACGCAUCCUGCUAGCCUAGUACUACUGAGGGUUAGGCAGGGGCUUCAGUGACGAAAUAAAUGGCAAUGUAUAGCUCUAAAACCUGCUUUGGUCGAACUUAAAUGUAUUUUUCGUACGUGAUAUGGGAUGACAAAUAAAAAAAGGUUUUAAAGCACUUAUAUUUUUUUUAUUAAAAUUAUUAUAACAAAUAAUGUACUUACAUACAUGAUUGGUUUCAUUAGCUUUAUGAAUAUAAUAUUUACUUAUUUGUUUCGUCAAAUUCAAUCGCUAACUUAAACUACAAACUAAAUUUUAAUGUAACUAUAUUAUGUACAAAUAAAAGAUAAAACAAA